ACAAUCAAAGCCUGACCACCACGGCACCACCACCAUUGCCGCCGCCGCCGCCGGAGCAGCAGCGCUCGCAAUGGCAGCUCGUCUUGCUUAAGCGUCGAGGAGCGAGGAGCUAGGAGCGCGCAUUGGCGCCGCCGGCGCGGGCGCGAGCUGUUGCGCCACGUGCGACCGCGCGACGCCGAUCGCCGGCGCGCAUUGCGUCCGCGGGGUGGGUUGGCUGGCCGCCAAUCUCGCUAGCCAGCGGCGCCGCCGAGGAGCGGAGCGGCGCCCCCGCAAAUGGCGGGCCGCCGAAUGACGCUGCCGCUGCUGGUGCUGCUGCUGGCGGCCGUGUUCUUGGCCGCCGCCGCCGCCGCCGCUGGCAGCAACAGCAAGUCCUCGGCGGUGUUCGAACUGAUCCACCGGGAGCAGCCGACCUGGACGGAGCUGGCGCGCAAUGACCGGGAGCGCAUGGCGUUCAUCUCCUCGCCCGGGCGCCGCCGCGCCGCGGAGACGGGCACGGCCAGGGCCACGCCCAGCAAGGCCGCGCCCGCGUCCGAGGCCUUCGCGAUGCCGCUCUCCUCGGGCGCCUACACGGGCACCGGCCAGUACUUCGUCCGCUUCCGCGUGGGCACGCCCGCGCAGCCGUUCCUGCUCGUGGCCGACACCGGCAGCGACCUGACCUGGGUCAAGUGCCUCCGCCCCGCCGCGGCCGGCGAGCCCGCCUUCGACGGCGGCUACGGCUCCCCGCUCCCGGCGCCGGCCGACUCCUCCCCGCUCCCGGCGCCGUCGUCGUCCUCCUCCCCGCCGCCGCACGGGCGCGUGUUCCGGCCGGACGACUCCCGGACGUGGGCGCCCAUCCCGUGCUCCUCCGACACCUGCACGGCGUCCCUGCCCUUCUCCCUCGCCGCCUGCCCCACCCCCGGCAGCCCCUGCGCCUACGACUACCGGUACAAGGACGGGUCGGCGGCGCGCGGCACGGUGGGCACCGACUCGGCGACCAUCUCGCUGUCGGGGCGCGGCGCGGCGGCGGCCAGCAGCAGCAGGAGGAGGCAGCGGCGGGCCAAGCUGCGGGGCGUCGUGCUGGGCUGCACCACCUCCUACACCGGCGACAGCUUCGUGGCCUCCGACGGCGUGCUCAGCCUCGGCUACAGCAACAUCUCCUUCGCGUCCCGCGCCGCAGGCCGCUUCGGCGGGCGCUUCUCCUACUGCCUCGUCGACCACCUCGCCUCGCGGAACGCCACCAGCUACCUCACCUUCGGCCGCAACCCGGCCCUGUCGCCGGCCGCCGCCAGGACCGCCUGCGCGGGGGCGCCGGCGGCGGCGGUGCCCGGCGCCAGGCAGACGCCGCUGCUGCUCGACCACCGGCUGCGCCCGUUCUACGCCGUCACCGUCAACGGCAUCUCCGUCGACGGGGAGCUCCUCCGGAUCCCGCGCCUCGUCUGGGACAUCGAGAAGGGCGGCGGCACCAUCCUCGACUCGGGCACGAGCCUCACGGUGCUGGCCAGCCCGGCGUACCGGGUCGUGGCGGCGGCGCUGAGCAAGAAGCUCGCCGGGCUGCCCCGGGUGGCCAUGGACCCGUUCGAGUACUGCUACAACUGGACGUCGCCGUCGACGGGCGAGGACCUGGCCGUGCCCGUGCCGGACCUGGCCUUCCACCUCGCGGGGGCGGCGCGCCUGCAGCCGCCGGCCAAGAGCUACGUGAUCGACGCGGCGCCCGGCGUGAAGUGCAUCGGCGUGCAGGAGGGGGAGUGGCCCGGGGUGUCCGUCAUCGGCAACAUCCUGCAGCAGGAGCACCUGUGGGAGUUCGAUAUCAAGAACCGACGGCUCAGAUUUAUGAGGUCGCGGUGCACGCAAUGAUUGGGCCCGCGGUGAUCCGUCGUUCUUCCCCUCCACUUCUUCAAUUUUUUACCCCAUGGGGUGGUGAUCUUGCUGAUUCUUUUUCCUUUUUUUUCUUUACCCUUGCUCAGAUACUAAUGCAAUGAGAAAUGUACCUUCUUGCAAUGCAAAAGUGAUAAGCUGUAAUCAGUUUUCUUUUUUCCUUUUCCACACCCCGUUGCUCAUCUCAUUCCGGUGAAUAUAUGUUCAGAGUUCAUUUCUUCCACUUUUGUUCCUUAUACAGCUGUACUAUCUCAUCAAGUUCUACAAGAUUUUACCUUUU